CGGGGGAAGAUGGUUGCCACGCGGCGAGCAGCGCGGCGCGGGCCCGAGCCCGCUGCCCCGGCUGCGGCAGAGCUGGCAUCUGCUGAAAUUAGUACUCCUGUUUCUGCGAAGAUGUCCAGGAGAAGAACUAAAGGAAACUCUCAGCCAGAAGUCAUUCAUGAAUCUCAGGAUGAGGGGUUGGAAGAUGCUGAAACAAAAUCAGAUCUUGGUGAUCCCUCUGAGGCACAAACAACUAAGAAUAGAGACAGCAAUGUGCAUUCAACAAAAUCAAGUGCUGAGCCACAGGCUGAUGGAGAUGAAGCAGAAUCAAAUUACUCUGCCGUGUCCGAACAUGAGACACCUUUAUUUAUAAGGAUAACAAGGAGAAGACAAAUCACAAUUCCUUAUCAACCAGAUUCACCAGCCAAAAAUAGGCCUAGCAAGGCAGCUCUUCUGAGUGAAUUAAGUAAAUCUCAAGAUGAAGAUGUCUCUGAAGCUGAGUCUUGUUCUUCAACUGUUUCUGGCGUCUGUACAGCUAGUGCUACAAGAAAUACGAGAAGCAGGAAAUGCAAAGCUAAACUCCACCCAGAUCCAGUUUGUGAAGCCCAAGCUGAAGAGGUUUCUGAUGCAGAGUCAUGGUGCUCGGGUCUUUGUGUGGAGCCAUCUGUAACUACCAAAAGAAUAACUAGGAGUAUGCUAAUGAAAUCGCAAGCAGAAACCAUUAGACAAACUGAGAAAAAAGUUAGUGAAGUUGUGCUGGAAGAUGAGAAGUUAACUGAGGACAGAAUUAAAUCUCAGCCAGUAGUCAUAUCUGACUAUGAACAUGUCACAAAAUCUGAUUCUGAUACAGAGCAAACUUCCUCUCUUUCACCUAAUAGAUACGUCACUCAGAGUAAUAAACAACCCAGCCCCUGCAAGACCCAAUGCCAGACUGAAUCUGCCAGUACAAACCCAAGUGAUGACCCAAAACAAGUUUUAAUUGAUUCAACACCCAGCAGUCCUAAAGAAACAGGAAAAAGUUGUAUCAUAGCAUCUCCUAAAAAAGAAACAAUAAAGGAGAGACACUUUGAAAUUGUAGAUAAAUCAGAGGAAAUGUUAGAAAAGGAGAGAGACAUAACUGGACAAGAAUCAAAGUUGAAAAGUGCUUCUCUUUUUCUAUCUGACCAUGAGAGCCUUGAUGAAUCCUUUAAGUCCCAAAGGCAGACAACCCCAAGAAAAAGAAAUAUAAUUCCAGAAUACCAAAAAGCAGAUAUUGGGGAGGCUACACAGAGAUCUCUCACCCAUGCAGAUGAAUUAAUGGUGGCAGACAAGCCAAGUAGCACAACCACCAGCCCGCAAAAGGGCAUACACCUAUCACCAAUUGGUGAUGACAGUGAUGGUGACUGCAAAAUGUCUGAUAUCAAUGUAGACAAUAGUGAAGGUCAAGCAGAACUAGUUACUAAAUCCUCCCCACCUGUAACCAAAAGAUCAUGUAAUAAAAAUAUAUCUGCUGUGUUGCUCCUGAGCAGUGAUGAGAGUGAUGAAACUGAAAACAGUGAUGUGGAAGAAGUGGGUGAUGUAGGAGAAAAUCUGUAUUGUGCAGAGACCAGAAAUAAGAAGUUAUCCUUGAACAAAUCUUUAGAAAAUGAUUCAUCGCAUGGAGAACUGUUUGUAAUUGACACAGAACCUGGUUUGGGCGGCAACAAGAAGUAUUACCUAGAACAGGAAGAUAGAAGGAGCGAUGCAGAAAGUAAGGAUGAAGAAAGAAGGAGUGAUGCAGAAAGUAAGGAUGAAGAACGUGAAAGAGAUGAGGAGUCCUCAGAUCUGGAAGAUAAUGAGGAGGAGUUCGUAGAUGAAGAUGAAGAUGCAUAUUUAUUGAAAAAUAAAAAGCCUAAUAUUUUACAUCUAUCAAGCAGCAUAGAUCCUGGUCUAAAUAUCAAGAGGCUUGGAGGCUUAUAUAUUAGCUUUGAUGCAGGAAAACAAAAAGCUGGCUCAAGUGCAAUUAAACAGUUAAAGGGGGAAAAGAAAGAAGAGCUCUUGAAGAAGAGUAUAAUAACUCCAGAUUUUGAAAAAAAGGACUGUGUUCCGCCAUUCAGGGAGUCAAUCCAUCAGAUAAAGAAACAGCGCAAGGCAGAGCGAGAGAAAACAACAGGUGAUGGCUGGUUUGGUAUGAAAGCUCCAGAAAUGACAAAUGAAUUGAAAAAUGAUCUAAAGGCUCUGAAGAUGAGGGCUUCCGUGGACCCCAAACGUUUUUACAAGAAGAAUGAUAGAGAUGGUCUGCCCAAAUACUUUCAGGUUGGGACUGUGGUUGACACUCCGAUAGACUUUUACCAUGCUCGAAUCCCCAAGAAACAAAGGAAGAGAACCAUUGUUGAAGAGCUGCUUGCAGAUUCUGAGUUUAGGAGAUACAAUAAAAGGAAGUACCAGGAGAUCAUGACUGAAAAGGCAGCUCUUGCAGCAGGCAAGAAGAAUCGGAAGAAGAAGAAAUUUCACAAAUAAGACUAGGAGAAAAUAACAAGAUGAAACUCUUUUUUUGUUUUGUUUUAAUUAUAAAAUUGUUUACAGAACAUUUUGGUGAUUGGUUUAAGAUUGAAGCUGUCGUACUGACUGAGUUAGGACAGGGCUGGCCCUGUUUUAGCAGUAGUAUUUUGACGGGAGAAGGAGAUUUGAGAAAUGCAAUGGGAUUUUGUUCUGUGGACUGGUCUAGACAUUCAACAGAGAAAGCAUGAUUCAUUCUUCAUAGAAAAAGGCAAAACCAGACAUCCUGUACAAAUAAAUAGUUGAUGGAAAUGGUCAUGUGAAAGAGCUGAGAUUAAAAAAAAAAAAAAAAAAAGAUUGUAUUUUAAUGGAAAAACCUUUGUUAAAAACUGCAAUCCUCAGUUUUUUAGUUUUGUGAGAAACUAGAAAACCUGCAGGCACUUGUCACUAAAGACUCCUAGUUACUGAAGGAGUUUAUAAAAACACAGGUAUUCAACCUACAGUAAUAAUCAGUGAUUUUUUUAAAAUCUCAUUGAGCAGCGAUUCAGAUUUACUGAACAAUGAUACUUCAAAAUCAUAAACUUACACCUGGACUGUAAAAAUAACAUUUUAUUAUGUGCUGUACAGGAAAAAUAAGCUGUCCACAAAUGGAGAUGAGUUUUAACAGAUUUCAGGAGGCUUUAUCAGAGUUAUCUUGAAGUGGAUGUUCAUGUACUAUAUUGGUCUAAUGUAAUGUUAACUUAAAAGGUAAAAAUAUAAAUUUCAAGGGAUACUGCCAAA